AGACAGCUUCCCUGUGUUAAAUAUAUGACGGUCCACUGAUUGUCGGGUCUGAAUCCCAACAGCCACAAAGCAAUACUCUUGUUUUCUCAAAUCUCCCUUUAAGUGUUAAUAUCUUGGGCACCCUUCCACUUGUGGGACAGAUUAAUAACACCACUGCAAGUUGAGUACCAGGGAUUAUGCAAGCUGUAUAACUUGAUUCCAGGUAGCGGAAGGGAAAGAGACUACUGAAUAUUGUGAGGUGAGUGCAGGUUGAAGUUAGGACCGGGUGAGCACAGGGUCACCGCCCAGGAAAGGGAGGAGCAAGCGGCUGGGCAGUGGUAGUUGGCGAGGUGGGUCCCUCCUAGGGCUGGGCGGGGAGACAGAUGAGAACGCUAUUGGAGGACAGGCACAAGUGCUACUGAAAUGCAAAUUCCUGUAGAUCUGGAAAAGGUCUGGCCCUGGGCUUGAUGCUUGGGUCUGGAACUGUGUAUCCUCACUGUACCUUCAGCUCACUCUAACCCUCAAGGAAGUGCUCAAGUCACUCAAGACUACUGGCCAAUCAGAGUCUUAACUGGACCUGCCAAUCAGAAGAGAAGGCGGGCUUUACCGGGUGCCUUGGUGUAGUAAUCAGGUAGUAGCUAAGCCUUCUUAAAUGGUCCUGGCUGCUGUGCUCUGUGUCCUGUGUUUGGAUUCUGUGAGGCAUGUUCAGGCAAGCUCCGAAGUUGCGACAUGGAUGCAUUGACCUAUGAUGAUGUACAUGUGAACUUCACCCGAGAAGAAUGGGCUUUGCUGGAUCCUUCACAGAAGAGUCUCUACAAAGAUGUGAUGCAAGAGACCUACAGGAACCUCACUGCUAUAGGUUACAAUUGGGAAGACCAUACUGUUGAAGAACAUUGUCAAAGUUUCAGAAGACAUGGCAGGUAA